AUGAAGAUAUAUAGAUCUGAAGAUCCAGACAUUGCCAUUCCUGGGGAUCUCAACCUCACAGAACUCCUCCAUGGCAGCGCCCGCUCUCCACCCCUACAACCCCACCACGUCAUCGCUCAGGAUGAUGUAGAAGAUCGCACACUAACUAUAGGCCAGCUACGGUCGAAUGCUGGAAAACUUGCGACAGGCCUGACACAGUGGUACAGCCCGCAGGAUCAAAGUCGAUGGGCCAUUAUCCUCCCGAACAGUGUUGCCUACCUCGAAGCUGUCCACGCAGUUCUAUGGCUGGGCGGCGUGUUUUGUCCCAUUAAUCAUCAGCUGAAGGCAGGCGAGAUUGCGCAUGCUCUCACAGUGUCGAAGCCGACAUUCGUGGUAGUAUACUCGAAAGUUUGGGAAACAGUGAAGGAGGCCAUUGAACUUGCGAAACAAAAAUGCUCGGACUUGAGGAAUCCGGAAGUACUGACUGCCAUCGGCUCACCGAUUCGAGGGCUCCGACACCUCCAUGCAGAUUUCAUGGCCGCUGAGCAAUUAUCUGUACCUCACUAUCCGGACACCAAGAAGAGGUUGGCAUCGAUACACCUUUCAUCAGGCACGACAGGUAAUCCCAAAGGGGUCGGGCUCUCGCAGUACAAUUACAUAGCCAAUGUCUUACAAAUGUGGGCACACGAUCCGGAUCAUUGGUCCCCAGAGGAGAAGAUUGUCUCGUAUACGCCCUUUGUGCAUAUCGCUAACACAACGAUACCUUUGUUCCUUGGACCGUGGACCGGCAUGCUGCACAUUAUCAUGGGAUCGUUUGAGAUUGAGAUGUAUGCCAAAACCAUCCAUCGGACGAAAGCGACAGCGGCACAAGUGUCGCCAAUGACCGCCUUGACAAUAGCAACCACAGAUCUGGCCUCGAGAUAUGACUUUUCCAGCAUCAGGCACAUGACUUGUGGUCCACUGCCUCUUAAGCAAGAUGAUUAUCAAGAGUUCCUGCGACGCGGCCCAUGGAAGACAAUAACUCUCUACGGGAUGACAGAAGCCGCUCCAUAUGUGACAUGGCAGAAGAUCAAAGAACCAAUGCCACUGGGAAAGAGCGGGACAUUGCUGCCGAAUAUACUGGCAUCAUUGCGUCUUGAAAACGGCACAGAUGCCCCAGAAGGCGGACCGGGUGAGCUGUGGCUGAAAGGGCCCAACAUGACGGCAGGUUAUGUAGAUAAUCCCGCUGCGAACCAGACUGCCUUUGAUCAAGACGGGUGGUACAAUACAGGCGACGUGUGUACUAUUUCCCCCGAAGGACAUCUACAGGUCGUGGGUAGGACAAAGGAGCUGAUCAAGUACAAUGGCUUCCAGGUAUCUCCGACUGAGCUGGAAGCAUACAUCAUCUCCCACCCUGCCGUUUUGGAUGCUGCCGUUGGAGGAGUGUGGGAUGCUACCAAGAUGACCGAAUUGCCCACAGGGUACGUCGUGCUCAAAGACCAUGUCAAAGAGCGAAAAGACAAGGUGCAAGCGCUCCAGGACAUUCAGAAAACGGUCGACAGGCAAGUGGCGGGAUACAAAAGGUUGCGGGGAAAUGUGUGGGAGGUGACAUCCCUUCCAAGAAACGCGACCUUCAAGCUCCUGAGGAAGCAGCUGGACAUGCAUAAGACGGGAGUAUGCUCGGCCGAGGGUGAAGCGAGACCUUCCAAGUUGUAGCAAGUCCUCGCGGAGAUCCAACGAGGCUGCGGCGUCAAGACAGUGCCUGAUACUCUGCGUUAUCAACCCCGAUUGGGUGUCGAUGCAAUGAUCCCUGGCAUUGUUUCGCUAAGGAAGACAGAGAUCAAAGGAA